CACGCCGCUGUCGCCACCGCAGAGGGUCGGCGGCGGUCAGUUGGCGCGUGAGAGGAAAGGAGGACGGUUGGGUUGGCCUGCAUGAUUUAUUGGACUCAGAACUUGAUAUUUUCUCCUUAAUUUGAAGUGUGAGGAAGGGCGGUCUUGCCAAGCUCUCUGAUUCUGCUUGAUCGCCAAAAUAGAAGUGUGAAGCGUGAUUAUCUUAGCGAAGGUCCUGCGGUGGCCGCCCCUGUACUCUACUUGUGACUGCAGUGUGUAGUGGGAAGUGAAGAGAUAAUGAGUGCAACAUUUGCAACGAAAAGACUUCGGAGGAUGAAGGUUGCAAAGUGCUUAGUGUAGAGAAGAAAAAAGUGAUUGUGUUUGCGUUUUAACAGAUGCUCUGAGCGAAACAAGUGCAAGUCGACAUGCGCGACGGAGGACUCAUGGGCAUCGGCGAGCCCCUGGAGGCGUCCCGCGGCCACGCCUUCGCCACCCACGCGCCCUCCAUCUCCUCGGCCGCCUCCACCAUGGGCGGCGGCCGAGUGAGGUUCGUGAGGCUCAUCAGGAGGCCGGGCGAGUCCUACGGGUUCAGCCUGAGGGGCGGCCGGGAGCACGGCACCGGCUUCUUCAUCUCCCACGUCGAGGUCGGCUCCGAGGCCUACAUGCAGGGCCUGAGGGCCGGCGACCAGCUUCUGCGCGUUAACAACCUGAGCGUGGAGCGAGCUGUGCAUCACGAGGUCACGGCGAUGGUGCAGGGCAAGUCCUCCGUUGUGCUGAAGCUCAAGAGCGCCGGAAUCAUCCCAGUCAAAGAACACCGCGGAGACCCCCUGACGUGGCUGGUGGUUGACGACGACGAGGACCUGUCAGACCACGGCACGGACACGUACAGCCAAUCCCUGCCCUCAACCCACGAGAGUGAGCACGAGCAGUUCGACCAGGCGUCCCCCACGCAGCCCAGCGUCGGCCAUGGGGGCAACGAGAACCACGCACGAGUCUAUAUCUCUUGCACGGGGAAGGUCGGCCUCGGGUGCAGCAUCUGCAAGGGCCCGGCGGAAAAGCCAGGGAUCUUCGUGCAGAGCGUUCGUGGCGGGGGCGUCGCGAGGAAUGCAGGUCUCCGGCCGGGGGACCAGAUCAUCGCCUGUAAUGAUGUUAGCUUCACACACUUGGAAUUUGCCGAGGCGGUCUACGUGCUGAAGUCUUCGCCGCGCCUCGUGCUCGACGUCAUCCGCGGCGCCGGACUCGAGCUCGUGGCGGGAGAGUCCUCGGGUUACAAUUCCUCGGCCUCGUCAGUAGCGGGUGACCAGACGCCGCCGUCCUCCUCCUCCUCGGAGCCCAGGGAUUCGGACCACAGCGUCACCAACAGACUAAGUGCCGUGAGCCGCCACCUGACCCUCGACCGGUCCCGGGGCUGGAGGGAGAUCGAGUCCGAGUGGGCCGAGGCCGAGGCGCAGGAGAAGCGCCGGGUGCUGCAGACGAACCAGCGGACGCUCAAGACACGCGCGCAGCGUGACGCCAACCACCGUAUCGGCAGCUCCUUGAGCAGCAGAUCUCUCGGCAACCUGAGUGCAGCCCUAAGGGAAGAGGAGGAUGAGGAGCAGCGUACCGCCUUCAGAGACGGCCCUACUUCACAGGCCCACCCUUCGCCCGCCCGCGGCCUCCUCACGCCCACCCACGCCCACUACAAACCCGCCCUAAGGAGCACCCGGUCCAGCAGUGACGUAACGGAUGACACGAGCCACAAGAUCGCCCUGGUGACAUCAGCGGAUCCGCAUGUGAAUAACAUCGUGGUGACGACGGGCCCCAAGAACGAGCGGGACGCCGUCUCGCGCCUGGACCAGCUCUCCAACCCGUCGGCGAGCAGCAGGACGUCGACCUUGAGCAGUGGUUCAUCCCAGGUGACAGUGCGGUCCUCCUGCGGUAGUGGUGGGUCGCCCACAGUGGGCAAAGCGGUGUCCAGGGAGUCUCUGGUGGAGCAGCAGUUGAGGGAGCUACGGGAGGAACAGCGCCGCCUGCAGGAAGAAGCUAACAGGCUGGCACAAGAGAGAAGAAAAUUUGAGGAGGAGAAGCGACGUGGGGUAGAGCGUACCCAGAGUGCCCCGUUGGCCCCCCUUGUGAUCACCUGCUCGGGGCAGGCCCUUCUCCCUCACCAACAGCCGCCCCCCAGUCCAACAUCGUCCAUCGCCAGUGGGCGUCACACAACGCGGGUGUUAAUCAAGUCCCCACCACCCCCUCCACCACCUCGCAAAAAUACAACCUCGCUAUCCUCCCGUAGCAGUUUCCAUCCUCAGCAACAGCAGGUUUCUCCCCCUGCUUCUCCAGCUCACAGCAGUAGCAGUAGCAGUGGAGUUGGGUCAUCUUGUGGCUCCUCCGCUGCUCCAAGGCGGUGCAAAAGCAUUGGGUCCUUGUCUGCUAGUAGUGGUGAGAGUGCAGUGUGGGAAGACUCGCUCAUUCCCACUCAUCCCACCCUCGUCAAUACACAUUCAGGAUUUCGGUCUUCCAUGCCUCCUCCUACUCCUCCAAAACCUCCUGCACAUUCAGCAGCACCCAUGAGUAGCACAAAUAGCCCCUAUACCUUAGGAGGAGUUCCCCCUCCACCACCACCCCCACCUCCUCAACCUACCUCGACCGCCAAACCUAGUUUAGCAGCAGCCCUUAGUAAGGAAUUGGAGCGACGCAGUGCCCAAGAGGCACAGUCAGGUGCAAGUGAAGAUUCAAAAGCUCAAGUUAUUCAGGAAAAAAUUGAUGCAUUUAAGAAAGAGAAAGUGAAGAGUGGGCUUGGAGGACACAAUAGUGCUCAGCAUGACAAGCUGAUGCAGGAAUUUAAAAUUGCUCACAAGAAAAUGUUUGUUAGCAAAGAGAACUUGAGGGACAUUUCUAGUGAGGAAGAUAAGGAAAAGAAAGAGACAAAACCUGAAGCAAAACCAGUCAACCAUGUAAAAGUCACCGAGACGCCCCUAGUCCAGAGGGAGUUCACCUCAAAAAUCAUCAGCAACAGCACCAUCAACAAGACGCCCCUCAGAGCAAUGAACAACGUCUCAAAAACACCGAGCUUGAUGAAUGGCCUAACAACUCCUGCCAAGACCAACUUUCUUAUAAGAGAUGCAAACAGCAAUGUCAAUGGCAAGACUCCCAUUGCAAAUACAUACAGCCCCAACGUUAAAACAAGCCUGCCAUCCUCAUCUCCAUCAACAAACCAGGUAUCCCCUUCCUCUAUACCUUUGCCUCCCCCUCCUCCCCCACCUCCUCCUCUCCACCACCACAGGUCUCAACCUCCCAUCGUCCCUGCCAAACCCAACCCCAAAACAAGUGUAAAUAGUCCUCACACUCAACCUAUGUCUGCCUCUACCUCCAGUCACAGUAUUUCUAGGCCUAAAUCUAUGGCCAUGUCAAACUCUGGCCUCGGCCACUCUCCUCAUCAGUCCCGUUCACCAGCGUCAGGAGUCCCGCCCCCCCCGCCCCCAAUGCCUGGGAUGUGCACCCUGCUUCCCCCUGCUCAGCAGACUGAGCAGCUCGGAGGCAUCAUCAAAAACCAGUCAACUUCAGCAGUCUCAACACCCACGAAGUCUCCACUACGUCCUCACGGAGGAGUUGUGUUAGAUGAGUUCAGACCAGGAGAAAAAAACUCCUUAUCAGUGAAGCCACCAAACACCUACUUUGACGCAGGAAAGCAAACCCCUGGCAAACCUCUUGUCUCAAUUGGUGCAUAUCCAUCACCCAACCACAGACCGCCACCAGUCAAAAUGGACUUCCUCCCCUCGGCCAGUGCCAAUGGGGAACAGAUUGCAGGUGCAGCUAAGACUUCCCACACCCCUGUGAAGGUAAAGCUACAAAGUGAACUCGAAUCUACCCUGAGUCGCUCAAAUCUCCGUCAGCGUUUCGCCGCUCAGGAACUCCCCCCAGAUCCUCCAUCAGAAGCUUCAGGUACUAAGCAAGAAUCCACGUCCGCAGGCUACACCACAACUACCAUUACCAAUAACAACACCAGUCCCAGUGCUUCAUUAUCAAGUAAAUAUCGGACAUUAGGCCAGGAUGCUCCUUCUGUAACCAUAAUGAAAGGUGGUAGCGGAAAGGAAAAUGAGGCCCCAGACUCCCCUCCUACAGGUAUCCUGAAGGCUUCUGGCCCAUCUUCCAUCAGGCCCCUCCAGAAGUCCAUAUCAUUCGGUGAUGUAACAACAGUAGGUGAGGACGACCCACGGACGUAGUAGCUGAGGUGUUUCAUCUUUUCAUCAUCAAGAAUUAGGGAAUAUGUUACAUUACUUUACUCAGUGUUGAUGCCAUAUAUAGAAUGAUUUUCAUUCAAAUCUUUGUACCACUUUCUUCUUUCCCUCUUUUGUAUUCUGGUAUUCAGAAUAGGUGUAAAUAAUUUUAAAUUAAUACUUCUGUAUGAUAUUCUGGUCACUGUAUUUUUUAAGACAUAUUUUAAUUGUUGUAUUAUAGUGCUACACUCCUCAUAUUUCCAAUGGAGGACUUUUAGCAUAUUAAAUAUUCAAAUCUUUAUAUUAUGUUGUUGACCAUCAACAGUUUUUUGUUUAUAAUGUACUGCAUUAGGUUCACUAUAAAAUGCUGUACCAUGUAUUCAGGUAAUAUUAACAACAAAACUGAUGUUGCUAUAGUAAUUUUAUUGUUGAUGAUAUUUGUCACCAUAUGUAUGAAUUUAUGUAUAUACUGGCAUUUUAUGGUUUGGAUAGUGGUUUUAUGUACAUAUAUUAUGUCUGUACUUAUAUACUUGAUGCCCUUUACAAAUCAACAUUUAAAUAUUGUAUCAAAAACUUCCCUCACUUUAUAUACUUUAUAAACACUAACAGUUACAAUAAAGCCAAUAAAUGAAAUCAUAUUA